AUGUCUAAUGCGAAGCCUAUUGAUUUAUUGGAUGAACCCAUGGACAAAGACAAAUUUGUCAAUCGAAUCGUAACUGAAGAAAUAGGUAUUCAAUCAAUGACCGAGGCAGUGACACUGAUACUGAGAAGAAAAGUAUCAGUGAAACGAGUGAAAAAAAAACGAGAUGACUGCAUAAACGACUGUAGAAAUGAUGAAGAAAUUAUAGAGAGCAGUGAAAUAAAAUCAUUUUCAACUGAAUUUGAGUAUGUGUUGGUGCAAACUAAAGCUCUUAUGACUUUUUUUACAUUUUGUGCUAUCUCAACACGUACUAUAAAGCCUGUAAUAAACAAGUUUUGGUUAGAGCAUAAAAACUGUCUCUACCAAGAGGUAAAUACUGAAGAGGAGCUGUGUAUAUCUGGUGACGGACAGUAUGAUUCUCCUGGAUUUUCCGCAAAAUAUGUGACAUAUUCUUUAAUGAAUGUGAAAACAGAAAAUAUAUUAAAUUUUGAAAUAUUGCAAAGGGGUAUGGUUGAAGGUGAUUUUGAAAAGGCUGCUUGUGAGAAAGCUGUAGCUGAAAUAACCGAUAAAUUGAGAAUGAAUGAAAAUGGGAAGAAAAAAGCUGUACCGGCCAAUACUGGAGUACCGGCCAAUACUGGAGUACCGGCCAAUACUGGAGAAGGAAGUUCAGGAAAUAAAAUGGGUUCGCUUCGGUUCUACCGAUCUACCGAUUAUCAAAUACUGCAAACAGAAAUUAUGGAUAAAAUGUUUUUAAAUGAUUUAAAACAUCCAAAAAAUUACUGUCACACGAGCAGCUUGGGAAGCUACCAUAAUAUUCGUCUAAAGUAUGUACCCAAAACAGUUAAUUUUUCUUACAAUGGUAUGUACACGUUCAAUUCUUGCCAUACUGGAUCAUAA